AUGGAAGCUCGUAAUCUGAGAGCGGUGGCUCUUAUCGCUGGCGAUAAGAACGUACGAGGAUGUCUUCAAUUCGUACAAGAUACUUCCGGGACUACUCAUGUUACCGGAAAGAUCACAGGACUCUCUCCUGGCUUCCAUGGAUUUCAUAUUCACUCUUUUGGUGAUACCACAAAUGGCUGCAACUCUACUGGACCUCACUUCAAUCCAUUAAAUCGAGUACACGGCGCACCAGAUGAGGAAGAGCGUCAUGCAGGCGAUUUGGGAAACAUUCUUGCAGGAUCAGAUGGUGUUGCUGAAAUCUCAGUCAAAGACAAACAGAUACCGCUUAGUGGGCAGUAUUCCAUUCUCGGGAGGGCGGUUGUUGUACAUGCUGACCCUGAUGACCUUGGGAAAGGAGGACACAAGCUUAGCAAAUCGACGGGAAACGCAGGCUUGAGAGUUGGAUGUGGUAUCAUCGGACUUCAAUCAUCUGUGGAUGCAAAGCUUUAG